UGUGUGUGUGUGUGUGUGUGUGCGCGCGUGUGUGUGCGUGUGUGUGUUAUACAAGGUUAAGUUCUAUAAAAAUGAAUAAAUAUUGCAAUAUAUAGUUUAAUGGACAGAAAGUACAAUCAAAAUUCAUUGUUUUCAAAACAUAUCUGUGAUACAUUGUUAAAUCGUUCAGUUAUUUAAAAAGUAAAUUCAAUCGGUUGUGACAUAAUCAUGGUUAGGUGUAUGACUUCAUUGUUAGACAUUACAGUUUCCAUGCUAUCAAGGAAAUUAACUGUACCUUCUGUGUCUCCCAAAAAAUUAUGUACUUCGCCGACCAUUUCUUCAGCAAAUGGAGUAAAGAAUGGGGUGGCCAAAAUGAAAACAGUAAAAAAGCUAUUAAAAGAAGAUAACUUUGAUCCAGAGCUAGAGCCAUUGCUCAAAGAGAAUCCUCGUAGAUUUGUCGUGUUUCCUAUUCAGUGGCCUGACAUUUGGCAAAUGUACAAGAAAGCGGAAGCUUCCUUUUGGACUGCAGAGGAAGUGGAUCUUUCAAAGGAUACUUUCGAUUGGAAUUGUCUAACUUCUAGCGAGAAGCACUUUAUAUCUCACGUGUUAGCAUUUUUCGCAGCUUCCGAUGGUAUUGUCAAUGAGAAUCUUGUUGAAAGAUUCAGUCAAGAAGUGCAAGUUACAGAAGCACGUUGCUUUUAUGGUUUCCAAGUUGCUAUGGAAAAUGUGCAUUCGGAAAUGUAUUCUUUGUUGAUCGAUACGUACAUUACAGAUGCUAAAGAAAGGGACUUUUUAUUUAACGCGAUUGAAAAUCUACCGUGCGUCGCUAAAAAAGCCAACUGGGCAUUGAAUUGGAUAAACCACGAAACUGCCACUUUCCCCGAACGCGUAGUCGCGUUUGCUGCAGUAGAAGGUAUCUUCUUCAGUGGUAGCUUCGCUGCCAUCUUUUGGUUGAAGAAAAGGGGUUUGAUGCCUGGUCUUACGUUCAGCAAUGAACUCAUCUCUAGGGACGAGGGAUUGCAUUGCGAUUUUGCAUGUUUAAUGUUUAAACAUGUCGUGCAGAAGCCAUCGUGCGAGCGAGUUACGUCAAUUAUUAAGGACGCUGUUGUCAUUGAGCAAGAAUUUUUGACGGACGCGUUGCCCGUCGAAAUGAUUGGCAUGAAUUGCAAACUUAUGUGUCAGUAUAUUGAAUUUGUUGCAGACAGGCUUCUCGUUGAAUUGGGUUGUGAGAAGGUGUAUAUGUCUGAAAAUCCAUUUGACUUUAUGGAGCACAUCUCCUUGGAAGGUAAGACAAACUUCUUUGAGAAAAAAGUUGGGGAAUAUCAGAAAUGGGGAGUAAUGCAGGACAGAAUUGAAAGUAAUUUCACGGUGAACGCCGACUUCUAAUUUAGCAAAUAAAUCUACCAGAUAAGCUGGCUAUUUGUUGUUCCCAAAGGAAAACAUGUGGUGUUUUCGGAAGAUCUUUCUUAUUUUUAAAUUAGUACAAUUACUUUAUUAUCGUUUAUAUUUAUAUUAGUGUCGAUUAAGGGAAACUAGUUUACCUUCUCGUAUCGGAACUGAUUAGUCGUUUACUGUAAUUCGAUUCCAACGAAGGAUAAUUGUAAUAUUUAUUUGACCUUUGCUUUGAUCUUUUAAAUCUUGACGAUGAAAUUUGUAAUCCACUGAAGUUUGGACGAAUUUGUCAUGUCUAUUUCUUUUGAAGUCGUGAUAGUUUAUUGUACAUUAAUCGUGACAUCGUUUCGCGUAACGCUGUCCGAUAGAUCGUGGAGUAUACAUAGAACAUAGAAUAUAUAAUUAUUUUUAAGAAGACUUGAUAAUUUUACAAAUCUCUGGGAGAUGUCGAUUUCGUAACCAGAAUAUGCAAGUCGAAAUUUGUAUAAAAGUCGCGUGAAAAUCUGACAAUACAGUCGACGACUUGGAAUUGGAAUUGUAUACAAAAAGAUUCAGUAUUCGCCAAGAUAAGACUUUCGUAUGUAUGUAUGUAUGUAUAUAAUUUAAUAAGAAUAAAAAAUAAAUCGUAAACAAUAGUUACAAACUUCAUACGGAGAGUUAGGAACUUCUGUAGAGUAAGGAUAAUAAUAAGUUCUCUUAACAAUGACAGAGUCCCCGCCACUUUUCGCAAAAUGUAAUAUUUAUUAACGCAUCUAAUAGCAAUUUAUACAAGAUUAUUGUCAAACAAGUAAUUCGUCGAAUGCUGUUGCUACUUUAAUAAAAAAUUAGUGGACCAUUUUCUAAGGCAUGCAAUAUUUUUCUUGAAAAUAUGUAUACGAGGAAUGUAUGCAGAAGAUAUUAUAUUAAGCAGCUUGAUCUUGAAAACCGUUGUUCAAACGAUUAAGAUAAUUCUUACGGCAUUCCAUAUUAUCAGCUGGUCUGUUAUAUGGUAACCAAACAGGUUCUCCCACGAAAUAACGUUUUGCUUUUAUGUAAUUCUGGGAAGAAACGUACAACGAUAUAAGAAUAUAUAGAUACUAUUUCUUUAGGAGAAUAAAAUACUUACAUUCGUGUCUAAGGUAAAUCUGUGGUAUAUUCCACUGGGAAUGAUUAUUAAAUCUCCAGGUGUAACUUCAAUACGUAUCCAUUGAUCAUCCUUGUCUCUGACAUCAAAGUAUCCUGACCCAUCCAAUACCAAUCUUAUUUCUUCAUCGGUAUGAAGGUGUUCGGUGAAAAAGUUCCGUAACUAAACAUUCGAAUUGAUUUAUUAUUAAUAUUUUGAUCACGUAACGUACAUGCCAAACAAAUCUCUUACUUUCUCGUCGUAAUUUGGUAGACAGUCUUUGGAACAUAUAAUUUCAUCUUCAUAGGUAUAACCACGUUUCCUUUUCAAUUCUGUCAGUAUGUUAUCAUUUUUAUAGGCUUCGUGAUUGAUCUAUAUUAAAAUUAUAAAUUUAAGUUUCUGUCGAAUCGUAUUAAAACUUGCUAUAUUUUAUUAAUCGGAACCGAGAGAACUCGUUUAUUUACGUAUGUAUUUAUAAUCAAAAUACGUAACGCUCCUUUAUCAUCUUCAGUGGACUUACAGAUAAUUCAUCUUCGAAAUAAGUCGGAAUAAUUGUAUACAAAUACAAUUGCCAAGCAUGAAAAAUAUUAAGCAACUAUAAAGUUGUUAUCGAUUACUGCGUAAAAAUGUUGAAGAAAUAGAUACCGAAUUAUGAUCUAACCUUGAAGUAUUCGACACCUGUUUUGACAAACAAGUCCUCGAGGGAGAGGAAUUGAGGUGGUACUUUAUGGUGUUGUAGCCGUUGAUCAUCGUCGCUGUUGUCCAUGUACCACACGCGAACCAUUUUCGCUUUAUGAGUGAAUUUGAUCAGAUCACAUGUGAUUUUUUAAACUGUUAUUGCCCAGUGACGUAACCUACGUACAUGAUAAAGUUAUCGCGCGCAGUACCGGCGUACAUAUUUCUCUUUGAGUUGCAAAGACAGGAUGAAAAUAAAAUUGCAGAAACCGAUG